AUGCCGGAGCUCUUGUUGGUUGCAGUGGCCCGUCGACGGCGGAAGGAAAGCCGGCCGCGGCGGCAGCGGACCACCUUCUCCGCCCACCAGACCCUCAGGCUCGAGCUGGAGUACGCGAGGGGCGAAUACGUCGCCAGGGCACGGCGGUGUGAACUAGCAACAGCAUUGUCUUUGAGCGAGACGCAAGUUAAGAUUUGGUUCCAAAACAGAAGAGCUAAAGACAAAAGAAUCGAAAAGGCUCAUCUAGAUCAACAAUACAGACAACUCGCAGCGGCUUCAGGCAUGUUCCCUGUGGUCCUGCCCCCCUACUGCCCGCCGCCUUGCCCUUGCCUGCCUCCACAACAAACGACGCAACCCCUUCAUAAGUAGUUUGUAAAUACUAUAUUCUGACCCAAACUCGAUU